AUAUUCAAGAGUGCAGCCCAGAGGACAUCCCAUUUCACAGAGCAGUCAGACGGAGGCCGAGGUUACACAUGUGAUAACUGCGGCAAGUCCUACACCUUGUCGCACGUCUUGUCGCGUCAUCGCUGGAAGUGCCAGGGACUGCGCGUGAUAAACUGUAACGUAUGCCAAGCUAGUUUUUAUCGAAUGGACCACCUGAAGAAACACAUGCUUCGACACAGGGUCAUCUAG